CCCACAUACAGUCUGCAUAGAACUAGGGAUGACUCACUGCUGAAAACGAAAGUAAAUUCAAAAUCUGUAAAACUCUUCUUUCAUAUUUUCCUGUGCUGCCGGCACUUUUUGUGUUUGAAAUGGAUCCAUCCAUGUUGUUGGUAUAGCCAAAGCAGUUACCGGGCUGCUGCUUCCGGGAGCCAGGCAGAGGCAGAGAUUGAAGAGUCACCCGAUAAACUCUCCCGCGACACCGCUAGAAUGUCGACAAUACUUUAUAAGCCGUCUGUGUUGAGGGCUGAGGAGCUGAAAGAGAGAAGCUAUUUGGGUCUUCCAAGUCAGCUGCUGCCCACUCUGGAGGAGCUAAGCACAGAGGAGUUGAUGAGAUUUCAGUUUUACCUGACUGGUGGCCAGCUGCCUGGCUUGUGUCCUGUCCCAGAGAGCCAACUGGAGAGGGCUGACUGGCGGAAGACCCCCCAGAAAUACAGCCCUGAGAAUGCUGUGAAGAUCACAGUGGGCAUCCUGAGAAGGAUGAACCGGAAUGAUCUCAUUGAAAAGUUAGAGAGAGAUCACAGAGGUGGAACCUGUCUGAUGAAAGGGUUGGAUCGCUUAGAGGAGGUGGGGGUGGCGAGGAAGAGGAGGAAAAGGUACAAACCGAAGAUUCUGACUGGCAGUCUGAAGAAGAGAAAGCAAGAGGGACCCACAGUGCUGUCUGUCCCAAAUCUUCUACUGGAAACUCUAGAGAAGCUGAGCACAGUCAAUCUGAAGAGAUUUCAGUGGCAUCUGACUGAGGAUGUUCUGGACAAACUUCCUCCCAUUCCAGAGAGCCAGCUGAAGAACUCUAACUGGCAGGACACAGUGGAUCAGAUCAUGCAGAUCUAUGGCCCUGAGAAAGCUGUGGAGAUCACUGUGGUAGUCCUGAGGUUGCUGUACCGGAAUGAUCUUGCUGAAGUCUUAGAGAGAUCUCAUAGAGGAGCCCAGGGUGCAUUGGAUGGUAAAGUUGCGAAUGACAGACUCGACUCUUUGAGGCACACCGAUCUGCAGGUUGAACAUGGUGGAACCUGUCUGAUGAGAGGGUUGGAUCGCUUAGAGGAGGGGGGGGCGGCGAGGAAGAGGAGGAAAAGGUACAAACCGAAGAUUCUGACUGGCAGUCUGAAGAAGAGAAAGCAAGAGGGACCCACAAUGCUGUCUGUCCCAAAUCUUCUACUGGAAACUCUAGAGAAGCUGAGCACAGUCAAGCUGAAGAGAUUUCAGUGGCAUCUGACUGAGGAUGUUUUGGACAAACUUCCUCCCAUUCCAGAGAGCCAGCUGAAGAACUCUAACUGGCAGGACACAGUGGAUCAGAUCAUGCAGAUCUAUGGCCCUGAGAAAGCUGUGGAGAUCACUGUGGUGGUCCUGAGGUUGCUGUACCGGAAUGAUCUUGCUGAAGUCUUAGAGAGAUCUCAUAGAGGAGCCCAGGGUGCAUUGGAUGGUAAAGUUGCGAAUGACAGACUCGACUCUUUGAGGCACACCGAUCUGCAGGUUGAACAUGGCAGAGCAGGCAACAGAUGGCACACAGACAGCAGAGUUGGGGACAGAUAUGCAGGGACAGACUGGCAGAGACAUGGAGUUUCAGUGCCUGUCUGCUCCGGAGAAAAACACCCAUCUUUUAAAAAAAGUGAGACGACAUGGUAUGUCUCACCGGGCAUUAUUACACCUGCCAGAUCAACCGUAUCUUGCUCUUGCUCUGAGAGUGACCUUGAGGAGGAACACGUCCAACUUGUUGGCAGUUCUUCUAGUGCCUUGGAUAGAGAAGCAUCGGAUCGCACAGCUGUUGACUCUCUCUCUAAGUCUGUGACUCCCUAUCAAUUUGAACCUAAAACCUGUGAUCAUGAGAACAAGGGAACAUACUGGUUCCAGUGCCCCCAUGCAGGUCUGUUCCAGUGCAGUAUAACUGGACUAGUAUUUGAGAUGGAGGGGGAGGGAGAGGUGCUCUAUUGGACAGUCCCCUGGAACAGGAGGCUUCUAGCCCAGAGAGGCAAGAGGCCUGCAGGGCCCCUGUUUAAGUUUACAUGUCUCCAAGGGUCUGUCGGUCAGCUACACCUCCCACACUGUGAGCUCUAUGAUCAGGGUGGAUGUGACUUCCUGUCUGUAGCCCAUGUGACUGAUGACAAAAAAGUGGAAUUUAUCGAUAACCUUGAGCUAACAGACACACAUGUCAUAAUACAUGUCACUGGAUUCUCUAAGUAUGGCAUCGUCAGUGAAGAAUGCAGGCCCAUCUCUCCUAUCGAUACCCUUGUCUUGUUAUUCUACCAACUCCCAGAUGUUGACAAGAGGUCCAUCCUGAAGGUUUUGUUGCUUCCCAGUAAUGUUGUACUCAAGGAGGUACGGGAGGAAAGGAGAAGCAGCAAUGGGGAUAGAGAAAUCUACCUUGAAACAACUUCUCACUGCCAACUCACCCCGAAGCAAGAAUACACCCUCUCCACCGAUCUUACAGAUGACCAUCGAAUAAAACCAACGAAAGCAUCAUUUGUUGAUUUCCAGUCCUAUGAAAACUACAUUCCAACAUUUCAGUUGUUCAUGCAAUCGAUUGUUAAAGAAGCAAAUAUUUUUCUGAACGAAAAUGGCAGUGAUACAUUUGUAUGGGAUGGACUUGUCUGGCUUCCAGCCUCACUAACAGAAUUCACGUCUACAGUUUUGGCCCCUCCACCUGUAACUCCUAUCCCCCCUGGUCGAGCCUUCAUUACAAAACACAGAAUGGCGCUAGAGACUCGUCUGGGAGUCUUGCGACCCAUACUCCUGCAUCUCCAGCAACCGGACCGGGGGGUUCUGAUUGACGAGGAGAGGGAGGAGGUGCUCAGCAAAACCCCAAAGACCCUGCAGAACCAAGCUCUACUGGAUAUGGUGAUCAGAAAGGGGGCCCGCGCCCAGGAACACUUCUACCAAGCCCUGAGAGAAGCAGACCGCUGCCUGGUUGAAGACCUGGAAGAGCAGACAGCCUGAGAGGUGGCAAUAGACACAAGAAGAUCAGGGUGUAUUUAUAGCUCAGGGACUCAGAUGUUCUUAGUGGUGUGACAGAAUUGUUCAUAUUUCUUUAGUGUAUAGAUUUAUAGAACAUUAUUUUUCAUGUUUUUAUUUUCCUACAUAAACACAUUUUUGUGAUGCAUUUCUACAGUUGAUCUCAGGUUGAAGACACUCAUGAAUUUCGGGGUACAGACAAGCUCGGGGACUCUAACCUAACGUUGCAGGCGUAAAAUAAACCUACAGGGAAUCCAAUGCUGUAGUGUAUACAUACAAAGGAAUUUGUAUUGCAUUUGAUACAUUUUCAUGUAAGCUUGUGGAGUCUGAUUCCUCUCAAGCUUUUGUGGCGUACCCCAGGUUAGCCACCAGGGGGAGCCGCGUUGAGGCCUGGUGAUAGACGGAGUCUACAUCACACAGUGAUGGCUCCCUCUGCUGGAUGUGUCAGGUCUCGACGGGGUCUCCGGCCAGGACUAAUUGGGGCUGAUUAUGCUUUGUGAGUAAUCAAGGGGCUGAUUGCUCACCAGCUGGACGAGUCCCAUUAAAGCUGCCAGAAGGACAGCACAUGGGAGUGGGGACUGGGGAAGAGAGGUUAUUGAAGCGAUAAGGCCCGAGGGGGUGUGGUUAUUGGCCAAUAUACCAUGGCUAAGGGCUGUUCAUAAGCACGGCGCAACACGGAGGGCCUGGACACAGCCCUUAGCCGUGGUAUAUUGGCCAUAUAUCACAAACCCCCGAGGUGCCUUAUUGCUAUUAUAAACUGUUCACCAACGGAAUUAGGGAAGUAAAAAUAAAUGUUUUGUCAUA